CUCCCUCGUAGCAUCGUACCGGUAACCGGCUUACAGUCAACGUCAACAGUCGAUCGGUCGAGUGCUAGUAUUAUUUAAUGUGAUUAUUCGACGAUGUAACGAUGUCGUUACUAAAGAAAAAAUUCAGAACAACACUGAUGCCCCAUCCAAACCCACCUGACAAUAAUCAUGCGGCUCUCGAUAUCAAGAUGAAGAACAUUUGCUGCGUUUUCUGUAAAAAAACAUUUGUGAUCAAAGAUAAUGUUCGAUGCGGGCGAAGUGUGAUGCCAUUGAAUCGAUUUUGCGGACAUGUUGUUUGUAACACAUGUUCGAAAAUCAGGACCCACGAAGCCUGUCCUGUUUGCAAAGACACUCCACCCCUUCCUGGCUGCAAUCGUGAAAAUGAGCCAAUGCUCCACGUUUAUGUCAUGGGCUUGCUCAAUAUCAACAGGUCGAGGUUGAGCUACUGUGACGAUCCCAAGCUCAACUUCGAGAAGUCCCUGAGGUCAAAGGCUCAACAAAGUGCUGUCGCUGAAAGGUGCCAUGAAUGCGGAGAUGUAGCAAACGUCAAGUGUAUACCAUGUAAAUACACUUAUUGCAAGAUGUGCUUCACACAGUUACACGUAUUCAAAACGAACAAAGACCAUAUAAUGACUCCGCUAGAUUCAUGCCUAACCCAUUUGGUUGAUCUACCAAUUUUCUGCGACGAACACAUGAAUCAGAAGUUCACAUACUGGUGUGAAAACUGUGAAGAACCCUGUUGCCAUGAAUGCGGCUUUGAAAUUCAUCGAACUCACUCCACCAUUAAACUCAGGGAAAAGAAUCUCCAGAUCCUCGAGGAGUUCAAGAAAGCCUACGCCAACUUGGGAGACACCUUACUCUUCACGAGAGACUCCAAAAAGAGAGUCGCUGAGGCCCUGGAGGCACCUCAUGAGGCGAAGAGCAUAGCUAACGUUGAGGCAGAGAUCAACCAGCAUUUCGUGCAUCUUCAUGGUGUCCUUCAGAAUAUUGAGGAAAGAAUGAUUGAGACAAUUCGCGCACAGAUGCAUCAAAACGAGAAGAAUUUACACGAGGUGCAGAAUGCGCUUCAGGAAUGUGAGAAGCAACUCGAGGCUGGUGUUUUGGUGGCCACCUCAGUGCAACAACAUUUCAACCACGUGAAUCUACCCGAAAUCAUUAAAAAACUACUCUCUCUUGCACAGAGUCCAUGCCACUUUGUGCACAACCAAAAAACUCAUACAUCGGAGACCAUCAAAUUUCAAUCAAAUUUGCUGGACAUUGUCGCCUGCAUGGAGAGGCAUUGUCGCCUAGAGGUGGAGGCGAUACCCUCCUCAGUUCACCUUCUUCCCCGGAUAUAUGUUCCCGUUGAAUUCCUUCCAGACGUAUCCUCAGAUUUAGCCUCGAUUCCUGCCCUCUUCGAGAUGGACAACUUCCACGAGAAAAUAACCGCCCAGUCCUUCACCUCUCUAUCAUCCCUGACGUCCUCCGGCACACCUCCUCCAACCGAAACGGAGACAGUCUGUCCUGCACAGGCAUUGAGCCCCCUCUUUCCGGACAGCUUAAACCGAAUGCACUACUUCGAUGUCUACAUUACCCACAUCGACUCCCCCGCGUCCUUCUACAUUCGUUAUGCCUCGGAGGGGAGCAAAUGGAUAACUCUCCAGGAGAAACUGAAAUCCUACGAUGACUUCCCGAUACCCGACGAGAUAAAACUUCGAAAGAAUUAUGCUGUCAAGAGUGGAGGUAUUUGGCAAAGAGCCUCAGUCGUCGGAGUUACUGUCGAUCUCGAAAACAAUGUGAAGACCUACGACGUACAAUUCAUCGAUCUUGGACCGCGAGAAAAAGGUGUUCUUCACGAGAACAUCAGAGAACUCGAAGAGUCCCUCAGAACAAUCGAUCCACUAGCCAAAAAUCGAUCUCUCUAUGACAUCAAACCCAAGGGCAAGGUCAACUGGGAGCCAGCAGCUCGUGAGGCCAUGUUGGAGGUGAUUAAGUUUGCAGAAGGGGAGAGUCUGACCAUGAGAACGUACGAGGAAAGCUCUCACGGAAUCGAUGUGCUCUGUCCCAACAAGAAGAAGUGGUACGCCCAGUCCAUUCGCGAUCACCUCAUCUUCCUCGGUCUCGGGGAGUUCACUACCCACGAAAAACUCUACAGCAUUAAUCCUGCGGCUUUAGCUGCACUCCACUAUGAUUGGUUCGAGCAGGACACUUUCACACAUGUCGUGUUGACGGAAUAUUCUAAUGAUGACGCAACCCCGAACUGCAUGUACGUGAAGAAAAGCAGCUACAUGGAGUCAACUUUCAAUAAGAUGAUGGCCGAUCUGCAGAGAGAUUACGACAGGAAUAAACACAUCAGGGGAAAAAUUUACACUCCUGAGAUUGGUCUCAUUUGUGCCGCUCGUUCCUCAUCAAAGACAUGGUAUCGUGCAGUGGUAGUGGCAACUCCAGGCAAUCAAAACGUCGAAGUCCUCUACGUGGACUACGGCUUCACAGAGAUCAUCAAAUACAGCUCGCUACGUCAAUUGGAUACUCUGUACAUGAAGGCUGCCACCAGGGCAAUUAAAAUAUCCCUGAAGGACGUCGCCCCAGUGAAUGGAGUGUGGUCACCCCAAGCGAUGAUUCAGCUACGUGAAUGGAUGCAGGCUUGCGUUAAACUCGUUGCCUACGAGAAAAUCGAUGACUACUACACAGUAACAGUUGUCGACACCCUCAGCAACGAGAACCUGAAUGCACGACUCGUCAAGAUGGGGUUUGCUAAUAGUACAGGACCAGCAUCGAGACAACCAAAUGUCAGGAAGAUCCCCGAGCUAUUGCAUUCGCCAGAUUCCUAUGAUUCAACGACACUAAAACCUAGACGACAGAAGAGCAAGUGGAAGAGAUCAAAGAAACAUGAUGACCGUUUAUCAGAUGCCUCGAAAACCCCGACCAAGAAGCCGUUCACGAACAUUGUCCCCAAAAUCAGGGGCAUGAGGGAUGACGAUCCCUGGAAGGUCCAGGUGACGCCGCUGAGGGUCGUCUCACCAGACGAGAUCUACCUUUGUCCGUAUGUCAGCAGCAACAAGUACACAGAGAUGGACAAGUCCUUGCAGAAAUCGUACAGAAAAUUUAAAGCUAGCAAGGAUCGUGCUUGGAUAGUUGGCAACGUCUGCGUGAUAAAAUUGAAAACCUCGAACGUCUUCAGAAGGGCUGAGAUCAAGGAGAUAAAGUCUCCGGAGGAAGUCUUGGUGUACCUGCUGGACAUUGGUGAUUCUUUGCUGGUAUGUUUGGAGGACCUCCAGCCGCUGCUGGAAGAGUUCAACGAUAUACCUGCCAAUGUUAUCCAAGUGAAGCUGGGUGGGAUCAGUCCUCCUGGGGGAUCUACCCGUUGGCCGACUGCCUCCUGUGACAAGCUGAAAGAAAUUGUUGAGGCGAAUCUCGCCACAAGGUUCUUCAUCUCGAAGAUAUCUGAGGAUGACUCCCCUAUCAUUGUCGACUUCUUCCUGGAGGAGGUGAAAUGCUUUGGAGCUAUAGAACCUUCAGAACGACAGGUCAAUAUCAUCAAUCUAAAGCUCGUGGAGGCUGGACUGGCAUUGCCCAUACGGAACUUCAAUGACACAAAGCUCAAGAUCCUUGGGGUUGAUGUGGAGAAGUCGCUUGUUAUCGGGGAUAAAAAUCCUGUGGUCGAGGAGAUGGAUGACGGUAAGGAGACGACUGAUUGCGACACCGAUGAUUCAGGGACAAUCAGAGAUUACGAGUCUGAGGAGUUUGAUGUGCCCACUGAAGAGCCAAAUCUCUACUGCUCCUACAUACCCGAGGAUUCUCCAUCAUGGCCGCCUCCUGAAGACAUUCCUAAUGACGAGUUCAUUGGUCCAGCCACUUUUGUCGACUGGAAGGCUUUCGUGUACUUCGUCACUGCUGAGAACAACCUCAAACUCACUGAGAUUAAUCGUCAGAUGCAGGAGGUCUACCAGCAAGACAAGGUCGUCGAUGGAAUCAGUAACUGGAAAAUCGGGGACCUCUGCAUUGCUAAAAUGCAUGGCUUCAACACCUGGCACAGAGGACAGAUCAGGGGAAAGAAGAAUCACCACCUUGUCGUCUGUUUUAUCGAUUACGGAAAUAUUGAGUGGAUGAGCACAUCGGAGAUUCGAAAGAAGUUAAUGUUCGAGGAUGUCCCUAUUCUCGCCAGCAAGUGUAAUAUCCUUGGGAUGACACCGAAAAACUCUUUCAAAACCUGGACUAAACUGGAUCUCGACAAGAUGCACAAUAUCCUGGUAGGGAGAAAUUGGAGAGUGGAGAUUUUGCACAGAACGGCUCAACAUCUCGAUGUUGCAGUCAGCCAUCCCUCCCAUCCCCAUGAGCAUAUCGUCAGUAUCAUGAGCAAAUUCAUGCUCGAGGUGAGUCUGGAGACAGGUGAGAGCUCAGGGAGUGCAGAGCCUGAUGUCAUCGUUGAGAAGGUGCUGACAGCGGAUGAUCCUGAGGAGAUUCUCAUGUCUGAGAUUGAUCUUGAUGCUCAGUACGUGUCGGACAGCCCUGAAGACGUGUCAGCACCAUACGACGAACUACUCAGUAUUCAUACAGACAACCUCAUUAGGAAUUAUUACGACAAUUGUGUGGAGAUAUAUCCUGCCAUAAGGCUUACUGAUGACAUCGACAUGUUUUAUGGGGCUCUCGGUGAGGUCUCGAGAGAAAAGCCCACCAUUGUCUGGGUGCAUCCAGCAGCUACUCCUGGAUGUGAACGUCUCUCAAUCAUUUCUGAAAUAUACGGUAAACUCAUGAAAGAGAUCAAUAAGGAAGCAGAGGCGCAGCCAUUGCUGGAAGUGAUAGAGCCUGAUGUCCCCUGCUGUGCCAUUUACGAAAAUGAUCAGACCUGGUACAGAGGAAGGGUCAUAUCAGUUAUGAAUGACGGAGAGACCACCAUCGUUCAGGUGAAUUUUGUCGACUGGGGAAAUUCUGAGUGGAUCAAUUUCACUGAUCUCAGGGUACCUAAGGAGGAGUGGCUCAGGAUCCCUGCUACUGCUAUCAAGUGCUACCUUCAUGAGCUCCGGGUAGAGGAGGAUAAUUCGACAGCCAGGGAGUGGCUGAAGAAGUUUGGAACUUCUAAGAAUCAUCCAUUGACCAUCACCGUGGAAGCUAGGUACGAAGAUUGCCUCUGUGUGCAGCUGUAUGUUGAUAGAGAGUGCAAGAUGCUAUUGUAUCAGUCUCUCAUGGACAAGGGAAUGUUCAAGAAGGAUGUCAGGACAGCUCCGGAAGAAGAGUUUGUGUAACUGGGUAGGUAAACAGCACUGAGUCCGCUUUACUGAUUAAUAUUUCAGCUAUCGUAUGGACUCAGAGAGGGGUUUUUACAUUUAUGGUAGGUAAAAUAGAAAGAACAGCAUAUCCUGUUUCGAAUAGAGUAGGAUAAUCAAAUACUAGAAUGAUUUAGCCUUCAUGAAAAAUAUUCAUGAGUCAUUUAUUCAUAGUUAAGAGAUAAUAUCGAUACCAAAAUAUUUCUCGUCACCAGGUUUACCUACCUCUUUAUGUAACGUUGACGUUCUUAAAGAGGACGUCAUUAGAUUACAUUGUUUCUUUCAUUAGAAUUCUUAGUGAUAAUAAUAAGAAAAAGACUGCGGGCUUCCCGGAUAUUUAAAAGAAAAAACAUUUAAAGUUUCAAGUUUUUUUAUCAAGAAGAUUUAGAAAGAUAUAUGACAAUACCUACUUAUGGAACAAAAUAUUAGAAUACCAAAAUAAAGGUAUUGAUGAAAAAAAUAGAGCUUAUCCAAGAGCUGUGGUUUGUAAUAAUUUUAUUACUUUCAUGAUUAAACAGCAUUUGUCUUAUCAUUUUGAUUAUCUUAAAUUUAUAAUAAAAGUUUAAUAAAAAACUUGUCAUCACUCCACAAGUUACGAUACUCCGAAGAAUACAAGUUAUCGUCAAUAACUUUGUCAUUGAAAAUAUCAUUCUCAAUGGAAUAAUAUUUAAAUAUUGUUGAGGCUUAAACUUAUCUUUGGGUGCUUUUGGCAAUCUGCUCUUUCAACACCAGAAUGCUCUGUCGCUGUUCAGGGGGGAGCAUAGCAAUUUGCUCGUCCUUCAGCUGAAGCACUUGCAUUAUCAGUGCAGCCUAGAGUGUGAACCAAAAAAAUCAGGGAUCAGACAAUAAGGGUAUAAUGGCGAAAAUUAUUUUUUAUCAACCAUGAGUCGGUAGCUUUUCUUUUCUUUGCUCAUGGAGCUUGUACUCAGGGACAAUAAAGUGAAAUUCAUUGUUAUAAUGAUAAA